ACGUGUGACGCGCCUCGUGUCUGUUUAUGAAACCUCAUUCAUAUACGCACAGAGCGCGCACGCGCGUGCACACUCACUCCUCACAUAAAACACAGACGCGCGCGCGCUGCGGAUAGGCUCUGCUUCAGGGUUUGCGAUGGGAGAAACGGCGGUUCAGCUGACCGGAGUAAUAGAGCUGGAGAAUCAUGUGUCCAGGACACCAGUGUCCACCAGCAUGUCGUCCUCAGCGUCCCGGCGAGGAGCCACCGUGAGCUUCCACAACAUCAACUACAGCGUGAAGAUGAAGAGCGGCUUCCUCUGCAAGAGGAAGGUCACGCGUAAACAUAUCCUCGUCGACCUCAAUGGUAUCAUGAAGCCAGGACUGAAUGCCAUUCUAGGAGCGACCGGGAGCGGGAAAUCAUCGUUCCUGGAUGUUCUGGCCGCUCGUAAGGAUCCUUCUGGUCUUUCAGGAGAGGUUCUUAUAGACGGAGCGCCUCAACCAGCAAACUUCAAAUGUCUGUCUGGAUAUGUCGUACAGGAUGACGUGGUCAUGGGGACGCUGACCGUUCGGGAGAAUCUGCGUUUCUCAGCCGCUUUACGGCUCCCGAAGUCGAUCAAACAACGAGAGAAAGAUGAGAAGGUUGAGAGACUCAUCCAGGAGCUGGGACUGAGCAAAGUGGCAGAUUCACGGGUGGGCACACAGCUGAUUCGUGGCGUUUCAGGUGGAGAGAGGAAGAGGACAAACAUCGGCAUGGAGCUGAUCAUUGAUCCUCCGGUGCUUUUCCUGGAUGAACCGACCACAGGCCUGGACGCCAGUACUGCCAACUCCGUCCUCCUGCUGCUGAAGAAGAUGGCGAUCAGCGGUCGCACCAUCAUACUGUCCAUCCAUCAGCCGCGUUACUCCAUCUACCGGCUGUUCGACAGUCUGACGCUGCUGGUGGGAGGAAAGCUGGUGUAUCAUGGGCCGGCUCAGGACGCCCUGCAGUACUUUAGUGAGAUCGGAUACACCUGUGAACCUCAUAACAACCCUGCUGAUUUCUUCCUGGAUGUGAUCAACGGAGACUCCUCGGCUGUCACACUCAACAAGUUAAACAGCAGUGAAGAGCUGGACCAGGAUCAGUUGAGCGCGUCUCUGAAGGGCAUCGAGGACCGUCUGGUGGAGGAAUACAAGACCAGCUCCAACUACAAACAGACCAAAGGAGAGCUGGAGCGAAUCGUUCAGGGUCAGGAGUACAGCACUCGGGUCAAGUCCAGAACCAUCACCUACAACACGUCCUUCUGCCACCAGUUCAACUGGGUCCUCAAGAGAACCUUCCGGAACCUCAUGCUCAACCCGCAGACCUCCUUCGCUCAGAUCGGCGUGAUGAUUUUCCUGGCUCUGGUUGUCGGAGCGAUAUUUUUCGGAGUGAAGGAGAAUUCAAGUGGGAUUCAGAACAGGAUAGGCGCCCUGUUCUUCAUCACCACUAAUCAGUGCUUUAGUGCGGUUUCCUCAGCUGAACUUUUCAUCUCAGAGAGGAAGCUGUUUGUGCACGAGUACAUCAGUGGCUACUACAGACUGUCAGUGUACUUCCUGUCUAAGAUCCUGUCGGACAUCCUCACGCUGCGCACCAUCCCUGCCAUCAUCUUCAGCUGCGUGGCGUACUUCAUGAUCGGACUGAAGGCGUCGGCGGAGGCGUUCUUCAUCUUCCUGUUCUCCAUUAUCAUGGUGUCGUACACGGCGACGGCCAUGACGCUGGCCAUCUCUGCCGAUCAGACGGUGGUGGCCAUCGCAAACAUCUUCAUGACCAUCAGCUUCGUGUUCAUGAUGAUCUUCUCUGGGCUGCUGGUGAAUCUCCCUAGUGUGGCUGGAUGGCUGAACUGGUUGAAGUAUUUUAGUAUUCCUCGUUACGGUCUCGCUGCUCUGGAAAUCAACGAGUUCACCGGCCUCCUGUUCUGUGACGUCAGGAACUUGAGCGCACCGCAGUUAGAUUGUUCCUCCGGCGAGCAGUUCCUGCAGGAACAGGGCAUCGAUUAUUCGGCCUGGGGUUUGUGGCAGAAUCACAUGUCUCUGGGAAUCAUGACCUUCUGCUUCCUGGUCAUCGCGUACCUCAAGCUGCGCUUCAUCAAGAAAUUCACAUAAACUCAGACUCGCCGUCUUCCUAACACACUCCCUACUUCAUCAUGAACGUUUUCACACUGAACUAAUCAUACGCAGAAUUCAUACAAAUAAUAAUGCUGGCAGAAACUAAUGUGAAGCAUUGACUGUGCUCAGGUUUAUUAUACAAAAAAAAAUUGUUUUUAAAAAAUAUUGUAGCUUUUUUUUUUGUCAAUUUGGAGUCGCUCCAGUUUGACACCUUUGUUUUGUUUGCUGCACAUGUUUUUCUAUGACUCUAUACUAAUGUUUCUGAAACGUUUCAUUUAUAUAUUUUAAUAUAAAAAUAAAUACUUUUGUAAUUUUUCAAGAGAACAGUGUUUAAUAAAAACAAAUGUUCAGACUUUA